GCGCCACCUGGCGGUGAGAAGUGCACGUACAUUGGCCGGAGUGAGCGUUGUGAUGGUGUUCAGAUAAGAUUGGACAAGCAGAAGCACAACAUGGCGGCGGUAACUCUCUCCCUCGUUCUUCUUGCGCUGGCAACGACAGGGUGCCUGGCGGCAGACGACACACUGCGUUUCAUCGUGAUCGGCGACAAUGGAGGGGCUGACACAUUCCCCUACACCACCCCGCUCGAGCUUGGCACGGCCGACCGUAUGGCCAUGUGGGCCAAGAAGGUGGGCGGCAUCCACUUCGUCAUGGAACUCGGCGACAACUUCUACGACUACGGCAUUAAAGACGUGGAGGACGCGCGGUUUCAAAACACCUUCGAGGACGUGUACACAGCCCCAUCCCUGCAGGUGCCGUGGUACAUCGUGGCCGGCAACCACGACCAUCGCGGCAACGUCUCCGCCGAGAUCAUGUACACCAAGAUGUCAAAUAAAUGGCGGUUCCCCGACUUCUACUACCCCCUGAGCUUCAACAUCCCCAACAGCAACGCCACCAUCGACUUCGUCAUGAUCGACACCGUGGUGCUCUGCGGCCAGGCCGACGACGUCAUACUUCAUCCGGAAGGACCCGAGGACGUCAAGGCCGCUGCCUCUCAGUGGGUCUGGAUUGACGAACAGCUGCGUUCCAGCAAAGCUACCUAUCUCUUUACUGCUGGCCACUACCCGGUUUUGUCCAUCGCCGAGCACGGCCCUACCCUGGCGUUGGUGUCAAUGCUGCAGCCCCUACUCUACAAGCACCGAGCCAGCGGCCACAUGUGUGGGCAUGACCACAACCUCCAGCACCUGCAGCAGACGAAGGACGGUGUGACCUUGGACUUCAUCCUGUCUGGGUGUGCCGACAAGAUGGACACGAGCGAGGCUCACAAGACCAGCGUUCCCGAGGGAACAUCCAAGUUCCACUGGGCCGACCCCACCAGCAAGGGAGGGUUUGUGUACGUGGAGGCGUCAGCGUCCAAGAUGGUGUCCACCUACAUUACCGCCGAGGGCGACAUCCUCUACAGCACUACUACGUACCCUAGGGAGCUGAACUAAAUAGUUCGUGAACAUGUAAAUAUCUGGCAGUGGGAUAAAACACAUUAAACGCAA